AUGACAUCGUUUCAUGAACAAAUACCAAAUGCAUUCGAACAAAAUAAUCGUUUAAGUUCAUGGACACGAAAUAUUGAUGGAACUAGUGAUCGUUUAGCAUUACAACGUGCGCAACAUUUUGAAUCACGUAGCCGUUCUACAAGACCAAAAUCGAUAACAUCAAAUGAAGAUAUAUCAGAUUGGAGUGAAUCUGAUCGCGAAUGUGCACCACUAAGUGAUUAUGAAUCGAGUGGACCCUAUUCUACUGUAGCUUCAAAUAGUUAUAAUUAUAAUAAUAAUAAUAAUUAUAACCGAUCGUAUAUAGAUGAUGAUAAUGAUGAUCAGAUAGACGAUGAAAUACCUGAAGAAGUCAGUUUAGAAAAAAAAGUUGAUAAAUAUAAAGAAGAAAUAUUGGAAAAUAUCGAAAAACCAAAUGAUAAUAACUUAAUAGUAAGAACAAUUAAUAAUAAAGAAAUCACUAAUGCUAGUAUCUCUUCUCUUAAUGUAUCAAAAACGAAAGAUAAUACUAAUAGAAAAUUACCAAUUAAAAUUCCAUCAAUAAUAACAGAUAAAAAGUUUCAACCACAAAUACAUCGUACAUCAACAAAUGUAGAUUUUUGUGUAAAACAAAAAUUAGAAAACAAGAAUAAUGAGAGAAAAUUGAAAAUAAGAGAGAAUGAUUCUAAACAUUCAAUGACAAAUGUAUUAAAAACAGUAAACAAUACAACACGUCGUUCAUCGAUACGAUCGGGUGUUUCUCUAACCAACUCACAAUUAUAUGAUUCAUCGGAAUAUCAUCAUAAAACAAUAUUAAACAAUCGUUUACAAAAAAAUCCAUUAAAUGAAAAACUAAAUAAAAGUAGUAGUCGAUUACUACGGCGUGAUAGAAAAGAUCAACGAUAUCAUCAACAUAUGAAAGACACAACAAUAAUAGCAUCACCAAAUAGUUCAUUUCUCAGUCAUGAAAAAUCGAUGGAUGGUAUUCAACAACAACGUACUUCACCAAAUUAUAGUUUAAAUUCAACAGUUAUUGCUUAUUCUCAAGUGCCAAAAGCAUAUGAAUUGAAAAAAUUAAUUCCCGAUACAUAUGAUUGGGGACGUGUAACAGAUACAACAACAAGUGAACGUGUACCGUGUAAUCGACAAAAAUGGGGUACAAUUGUUCAUCCACCGUUUCCACUGGGAUAUCAACGAGCAACAUAUGAACAAGUAGUGGACGUUGUUGAAAGAUUAAAUAGUCCGAUGCGAUGUAAACAUUCACAUACACCAUCACAAUCACCAUCAAAAAAAUAUUUAUCUGUGGAAGAAACAGACGCUCUAAUCAAUCGUUUAACAAAAGUUAAAUCAAUUCGUAGGGAUGAAUAUUAUUCAAAAGGUAAUAAUAUGUCAACGGUGAAAAAAAUGGGUGUUUUGGAUACUUACGCAUGGAAAUCUCAUGGCAUUACAACGUAA